AUGCCCUCUCACCACAAGCGCAAAUAUUCAACCAGCGACGACGACUGCACUCACCUACCUUCCUCUGCGAAUCGACCGCGAAGCUCCGACAUGCGCGAGCUUAGAGCAGAGGGUCUCGAGAUGCCGGCGUCGAAGGAGAGCCUUCUGGAAGCAGCGAUACAGAGCCGGAUGGAAUUGGCUUCCAGGAGUGGCCGAGGUGAGGUGAGUAGGGCCGCGAUGCUUGGUCAUCUGCUUGGAGAUCCGAAGAAGCAGCAAUCCUUGGUGAAGAAGGGGUCGCUCUUUAGUCACCUCGUCGACCCGGCGCUCCUGUCUCCUGUUGGGGGCAUGAAUUCCAAACCGCAAGUGAGGUCAACUGCUGCCAAGCCUUCGUAUCCAAUUUUCCACGCCCGCGGAAACUCGAAAACGAAUCCUAUCGACCUCACCGACGACACCAUGAACACCAAUAACCCGUCUGGAUACACAACCGCAGCAGCCAACACCAGCGGUAUGUAUCACGGCUCCCGGGCGAGGCCCCACCGUCCUCAGCCCUAUUAUCCGGGCAUGGGAAACCUUCAGGUGAUCAAAGACGACGAGCAGGCGCCCCACGCAUCUCCUGCGACAGCAGGUAUGAGUGAUGGUCCAAUCUACCCUAUGGCUGGUGGGCCAUGCGUGAACCCGGGGUUCCAUGGUGUGGAUAGCGGGAUGUUCGUUUCUGCUCCGUACACUCCGUCCCCCUUCGCUCCUGCCGCUUCCGCUUCCGCCACGGGGAAUGGCAACCAUCCGGGGAUGCCUUACGGAGCGCCAUUCUCCUGUCCGCACACUUCUGCUCCUUCCGGCUCCGCGAUGGGUUCUGGCAUCCACACGGGUAUCUCUUAUGGGCAGACUAUCUCUUCCCCGUAUAUGUCCAACGCGCGUUCUUCCGUCAUCCUGCAACCCUCCCACACUGUCACCGCUUUCGGAUUACGCGGCGGGACGUCGUUCGGAUUCUCUCCGCAUCCUUCCGCCCCACCUAGGCCUUCCGCUUCUGCAGCCGGCAAUGCCAUCUACAGUGGUACACCUCAUCGAGCAGACAGCGCAACCCCACUCUCUGAAUUGUCUACUCUCGCUGUCGAUGCGAAACCUUAUCGAGCUCCCGGCGGUAACGCUCUACCAGCUAACUGCUCCUGCGACGAACCGCAUUUCGGUCCCUGCGGGGACAACAUGGACGAGGGUGGGUUCGCCUUCUCCUUCGACGCUGCAGAUUCUGUUGCGAGUGAGCAGCCUUCGCCGGCUUCCAGCCCCUCACGCUCAGGAACCCUAAACACCAGGGCGAAAUUCCGGCUCUUGCGUAACGGUCGCCCUCCGACGCCUCCUACGUUGGACUCUCUCGUAACGACGCCCACCACCGCUACUACCACGGGCAGCACAGAGCCACGGACACCUACAAGGCCAAACGGAAUCUCUGGAGCCAUCGACCAAGAAGACCUAGACUUCGCCCGCUCUCUUCAGCAGAUGCACGACCAGUCGCCACCUUCCACCCCCAAGUUCCAUAAGUUCCUAGAGCUCCCCUUCGAAAUGCGCGAGCGCAUCUACGCCCACGCCCUCGCCUCUGAUAAACCCAUCCUGCCGCACCUCUGCGACGAACCGCGCCGCGGCCCCGCCCGCAUCAAAUUCCACGACGAGAACCAUCCCGAGCACAACGCGACGUAUCACCGCAUGGCAAUCACCCGCGUCUCUCGACAGCUCCGCAAAGAGAGCCUGCCCAUCUUCUACAGCGCGAAUGUCUUCGACACCGGCCCCGAUACACCGACGUACUUUGAGCGACUGGAGCAUCUGGGCCGCUUCCACAUGAUCCGACACGUCAACUUCACGAUCAACUUUGUCGAUCCGAAGUGCAAGAGCUACGGGCCGAAGGUGCUGCGGGGCGUGCUGCAGAGCGUAGCGGAGGGAGAAGCGUAUGAGAAGAAAGUUAUCGAGGAGAAUUUGGGGAUUCGCGAGAAGUCCGAGGAACCGGAACCGGAACCGGAACCGGAGCCGGAGCCGAUGCCGAUGCCGCUAUUGCGGUGGCGUGGUAGAGUGGGUUAUCGGAGGAUGGCGCGGGAGCCGCCCAAUCUGAUGGAUGACGAUGAGGAUUUCUACCGCUGGCGGGCGGGACCGAAGUCGGUGUCAUGGAAGAAGAAGCAUAUUGGCAACAACGGCGUGUCCCUUACCAACGGCUUCGAGCAGAUGCUCCAGCAGAUCAACACCGGAGAGAAGCACACUGCGAUGCUGCAACCAGCGACCACUCCAGCCCACCAGCAAGCCGUCCCAGCGCCUACCCUCGCAGAACACCCAAACCCCCUUCAACAACCCUACCCCCCUCUCCAACCGUAUACCCCGGAUCCCCAAAAAUUCCACACCGCCCACCUCCGCACACUCAAAAAACACCCGCAGCACCAGGCCAGCGGCCUCUCCUGGAUGAGCACCCUGCUCGUCCUGCGCAAGCUCUCGUCAACCUUCACCUCCUCGUCUGCGUCCAACCCCAGCCCGUCCGCCUCCGCCCCCGCCUACUCGCACAACCUCGUCCUCUCUGUCCCCUCCGCCUCGCUCUUCACCGCCUACGACUCGCUCGCCUACUUCCCCAGCAUCUGCGCCGGCCUGGGCAUCCAGCUGCGCCUCGUCGAGGGCCGGGAAGUCACGUGCGGCCGCUUCGGCAUCGAGCUGAGCUGGGAGCAGAGGUUCCAGAAGAAGGACUUCAGGUCGCAUGAUCGCCGCGCUGGGCAGGGGCAAGCCGGCGCGGAGAGGGAAGCGCAGUUGAAGAGCAUGGCGGAGCGCGCGGUUAGCAUGUUCCCUGAGAUGCGCGAUUUGCCGCGCGGGAAUCGGAAUGUUUAUUAUCGCAGGAAUUGUGGGGGGUGGGGCGUUGAGUGGUUUGAGGUUGAUUGGAGGGGGGAGGGGGGGAUUGAGGGGAGAUGA